UGGCGGCGUUGUUGUGCGCUUAAACCCUUGUUGCAAUUUACCGCUAACAGCGUUAUUUUCUGCAAGGAAAAUUGUCAAAAUGGUAGAAAAAAUAGUGAGAGAGCUAUUUUACCUAUUACUUGUCUGCGCUUCUUAUAGAUAUUGCUAAUUUAUCGACAAUUUCCUAUCUAAAAGCUUGCGCUCCUACUUCAGUCUGAGUAAAGUGGACCACAAACAUGCUUUGACAAUGUUGGUGAGAAGUGUACUUAAGGCACUAAGGGGUCAUCAUCAUCUUCGAUUGACGAAUACCUACAUUAGAUCACAAAACUGUAGUUUUGAUGCGUUGAGUCCUUGUGUGUAUGUCAAAAACCUUCAGUCACAAAAUCUGAUAGACAAGUGGAUCUAUCGCUUAAAGAAAGAACGUGUGCCCGAAGCAGAAUUAUCGGUGAAGUUCAUCACAGAACAUGUCCUUGGCAAGGACAGAGCAGGGGUUUCUGGUGUCAAAGAAAACAGCCAGAAUUUAACAAGAGAAGAGAUCAAGAAAAUUAAUAAACUGUGUCGUCAGAGAUUACAAAGAGUUCCUGUUCAGUAUAUUAUUGGUGAAUGGGAAUUUCGCCAUUUGACAUUGUCAAUGGAACCACCUGUUUUCAUUCCAAGACCAGAGACUGAGGAACUAAUUGAUUUGGUGGCCGAACAUCAUGUUCAUGAUGAAACUGAAGGUGGUUCCUUCUCAUUCUUGGAAAUUGGGUGUGGAAGUGGAGCCAUAUGUUUGUCUAUAUUGACUGAGUUUUCCGAGGCUACAUGUGUAGCCAUUGACAAGAAUAAAGCGGCAGUUAACCUAACAAGGCACAAUGCAAACAGAUGCAAUGUAAGUGACAGGAUAGAAUUGCAUCAUGCCGAUGUUCAAUCUGUCCUACCGUUACUUGGGUCAAGAAAGUUCGAUGUCAUUAUCAGCAAUCCUCCUUAUAUUCCCUUAAAAGACAUGGCUCUGUUACAACCUGAAAUCUCCAGAUAUGAAGAUGAACAUGCUCUAUGCGGUGGACCUGAUGGGUUGGAUGUUGUUAAAGACAUUUUACGUGUAUCACCGAUGCUACUAAAGCCUACAAGACGUAGCUCGGUAUGGUUAGAGGUGGACAUUUCUCAUCCUACGUUGAUCGAUGAAUGGAUCAGUGGCAACGAUCUUGGGUUGAAAUACUCCGCAACUUUUAACGACUUCACACGAAGGCCAAGAUUUUGUCAUAUCACCCGAAAAUAACCAACUGCGUUACACUGCAACACGUGUCAAGGCCAGCGGUUUACUUUGUAAACUGGGCUGCUGGUGUUGGUUUUGAAACGGAAUGAGUUUACGGAUAGAAGAGUUCGCCCAGUUCAGCUCGGUGUGUCAUGAAACGUACGUUUAUGAACAUGGAGGAAGAGCGAAACACGUCUUUGCAAGUAUUAACCAAGGCAGAGGUGAAAGUCAGACAUUGGUCAUUCAAUCUAGCACGUUCCGUAAUGGUUUGACCCUUUUCACCCUAGCAUCAGUAUGCAUAUUCUCCAUACUGUUCUCUAUAAAUUUCCUAAGGUGCUGACAAGGAGAAUUUGUUUAACAAUCAAGAGCUUCUUUGGGUGGUAAUCAGCAUCUUUUCCUUGUGACCUUAACGUGUGAUACAAGGGUGAUAUUUUGAAUUAGAUGCUAGUCACUCAUUGGUAUUAAAAAUAAAGCGCAUUACGAAUGCGUCGCUGUUCCAAACUCGAAAAUAUCACAACAGUUCUUCAGACCUAAGGAGUAAAUAACAAGGAACCAAUGAAAAGUGGAAGUACAAAGGAAAUUAUUGUCUGAAGUGCAGAAACGCAACUUCCGAUGUAUAACUCUUGAUUGCUUUAAGUUUGAAUCUGAUUGGUUAGGAGGAUAGGGUGCCUUUUUUUUAGACCAAUCACAGAGCGAGGUAGGUAAAAAGCGAUCACAUUCCCAGAUUACUUUCGAGACUCAAUGGAAAUAACUGUGGUUAACUCGUCCUAAGAGUAGCAGAUGAUGAGAUAAGUGCCUGCUUUUAUGAUUAAUGAGAUAAGAGUUUGCUGAUGUGAUUAAAUCGACUAACUAAUUAGUUGUGAGAAACAGUUUGUGGCUGGCAUGACGCAGGGUUUCGUGUCGGUCGUAAGAGACACAUCAGAUACCAGUCGGAAUUUUCGUGUAAUCUUGGUGAGAAUCACGCUCAAAUUCCCGUUUAAAGAGUUCUAGAUGUUUACAGUCUGGCCCUCUAUCACAGAAUGGAUUCCCAUCCGUACAUUUACGAGGUACAUCUUAAUAACCAAAAAAAUUGCCAAUUACCUCUUAUAGGCUGUUCAGAUACUGUAAAGAUAAAUUAGAUGCUAGUCACUCUAACGUGUUAACCGUAGGAUCCGAUUGUCAAAUCUCCCUUCCAGCAGCUACAUAUUUUCCUUUAAAUUAGUUACAAGAAUUUGGUGUUAGAUCAAAAUAGCAACUUCUACCCGAUAAGUUUGAGUAUUCUCGUGACCUUUUUGCUGGAUAAUGUAUGGAUAUUAUAGGGAGAAGUUAGUUGUUAAUCACUUGUAGGAGUUAAAGGUUAAAUGGUAAGUCAUGUCACCCUUAAAUUUCUCUUUCUUUCUGUUGGUCCUUAGUUCAGUAUACUAUAAAUAUAGAGAGACUCGGCAUAUUGAAGUUUUUUCCUCCUAUAUCGAGCGAAAUCAAUCAAUCAAACAAACUUUAUUUAAAGAGGGUAACACCUAAUAGUGAACCAACUAAUAAACUUGUGGCCCUCUUAAUUAACCCUUUACAGCCUAACAUCAGUAUGCAUAUUCUCCAUACUGUUCUCGAUACGUUUCUUUAGGUGCUGACAAGGAGAAUUUGUUUAC